ACUACAGGAAUACUUUCACGUCAUAGUGAAGGCAUGUCGCAUGAGCGCACCGAGGAUGAGUUUUUAUUAAACUAGAUACUAUUUUCGACCUAUACAAUGUAUACGACUGAACGCAGGCGCAUGAGCCUGCACGAAACCAAGAGAAGGGAUCCUGUACGAGUUUUAGCUGGAAGUUUAUGGCAGGAUCCUCUGGCUCUCGAAGUCGGCGCCAAUAAAGUCAUAAUAUCCCCGCGGAGUCGGACCAGAGCUUUAUCUGUGGUGUAUAUUGCCGUUGAGGACGGGUCUAUGCCCCAAAAAGAGCAGAGUCUUUCGCUGACAUGUCUUCAAGAAGCCUGCGCUGACGCUCACGCGGUGCUGAAGAGCAUUUCGCUUGAGCGCAUUGCUCUGGGCACUACCGAUAUCCUGGACACUUUUUACAACGCAGAUGUUGCAGUGGUGGAGAUGAGUAUUUCUAUAUGUCAGCCGUCUCUCUUUUAUCACCUGGGUGUCAGAGAGAGUUUCAGUAUGACCAAUAAUGUCAUCCUGUAUUGUAAUAAGCAAGAAGAUGAUCUUGAAAUUGUGAAGGAGCAAUGUGGGAGCUACACUUUUAUCCCCUACAUGGUGUCACCGCAGGGUAAAGUGUUAGCAUGUGAUCCCACCCUGAUGAGAGGGAUCAGAGAUUUCCUUCAUUCCAGCUUUAAAUUUGAAUCCUUGCUGACUCCUCUGGUGGAUCGACUGGUCAAGUUGCUGGAAAGUGUUCACAUUCAUUCUAGUGAAUACCUCCACGAGGCGAUCCGCAGGGAGAUCCGACUGGCUCGAGAGCACUUCACGGGACAGGCCCUGAGUCAGGAGCUCAGCCGGAUCCAGAAGCGUUUGGACUCUGUGGAGCUUCUGAGUCCAGACGUCGUGAUGAGUCUUCUGCUGUCUUACAGGGACAUUCCGGACUAUGACUCCAUAAUAAAUCUGGUGGAGACUUUGAAUAAUUUGCCCAUGUGCAUGGUGACUGCACAUCAAAACAUCAAAUUUCAAUACAUAUUUGCACUGAACAGGAGGAACCACCCUGGCGACCGCGCCAAGGCUCUAAAACUUAUUUUACCCAUAGUGGAAUCGGCAGGCACAGUGGCCUCCGAUGUGUACUGCCUGUGCGGGCGCAUCUACAAGGACAUGUUCCUGAGUUCAGGCUUCAAAGACACAAAUAGCAGAGACCAAGCAUGUUUCUGGUAUGGCAAAGCAUUUGAUAUUGAACCCACUCUGCACUCUGGAAUCAAUCAUGUUGUUCUCCUGAUGGCUACUGGGCAUGAAUUCGACACCUCUAUUGAACUACGGAAAAUCGGUGUCACACUCAGUAGUCUGCUUGGCAGAAAGGGCUGUCUAGAGAAAAUGGAGGACUACUGGGAUGUGGGGUUUUAUCUGGGGGCCGGGAUCUUGACCAAUGAGCACAAGAAAGUAAUAGAAGCUUCUGAGAAACUCUACAGACUCAAAGCACCAGUGUGGUAUAUUGCAUCCAUUAUGGAGACAUAUAUACUGUACAAGCAGUUUGCCAAACAGCGGGAUGGAAAUUCUCCAAAACAGGCAACUGUCGACUUCUGGAUGGAAUUGAUGGUCCAGGCAUGCAAGCCCACCGUUUCCACAGCGCGCUGCCCAGUACUAAUUUUGGAGCCCUCUAAAGUGUUCCAACCCAGUAUAAUAAGUGUGAGUGAGGAAGAUGACAGUCAUACGGUGCAGCUGAGACAUAUUACUCCACCUGAGAAAGGUCUGCAUGAAUGGACUUUCCCAGCAUCCACGAUUCGAGGAGUAAGCAUCUCAAAGUUUGAUGAACGUAGCUGCUUCCUGUAUGUCCUGUACAAUUCUGAUGACUUCCAGUUGUACUUUCCCAGCGAUCUUCACUGUAAAGGGUUCUGUGAUUUGGUGAACUCACUGUUGAACCGAACAGAAACUCCAGAGGAAGAUUCCAGUCCUCUCAGGGGAGGGGAAGCAGUUAUAGAGUAUAUUUAUGAGAGGAAUGAGAAUGGAGACAAGGUGGUGCUGGGGAAAGGAACCUAUGGAGUGGUGUAUGCCGGACGAGACCUCAGCAAUCAAGUGCGCAUCGCCGUCAAAGAGAUCCCAGAGAAGGACAGCACCUACUCUCAGCCACUCCAUGAGGAAAUCGCUCUACACAAGAGACUGAAGCACAGGAAUAUUGUGCAGUACCUGGGCUCAGUUAGUGAGGAUGGCUUCAUUAAGAUCUUCAUGGAGGAGGUCCCUGGAGGAAGCUUGUCCUCUCUCUUAAGAUCAAAGUGGGGACCUCUUAAAGAUAAUGAAGCAACCAUUGCCUUCUACACCAAACAGAUUCUGGAGGGCCUGAAAUAUCUCCAUGAUAAUCAGAUCGCCCAUAGAGAUAUAAAGGGUGAUAAUGUUUUGAUAAAUACAUACAGUGGGGUGCUUAAAAUAUCAGAUUUCGGUACGUCUAAGAGACUAGCAGGAAUCAACCCAUGUACAGAGACAUUUGCGGGCACUCUGCAGUACAUGGCUCCAGAGAUCAUUGACCAGGGUCCGCAUGGGUACGGAAAACCGGCAGAUAUCUGGUCUCUGGGCUGCACUAUCAUUGAAAUGGCGACAGGAAAACCACCCUUUCAUGAGCUGGGGAGUCCUCAGGCAGCCAUGUUUAAGGUGGGCAUGUUUAAGAUCCACCCCACAGUGCCAGAGUGCAUGUCAGAGGAGGCUAAAGGCUUCAUCAUUUGUUGCUUUGAACCCAACCCAGACAAGAGAACCACAGCCUCAGAGCUCCUGAAGAACAGCUUUCUGAAGGGUAGCCCCAGGAAGAGGGCUAAACCUCAACCAGAUAACUUUCUAAAAGAACCUUCUGGAGAUUAUCACAGGAGCAUGUCUGUGCCCAUCGCUGUGUAUGUGGAAAACACUGAUGCUGACCACAUUGACUUGUCCUGCUCUUUUGAUCUGAGAAGGACCAGGACUGCCCUCAGAGGAAAUGACAUUGCAGAAAGUCCUCCCACCUCAAGCAGUUUCCUGCUAUUGCCAGAUGAUCCUCAAGGGGACAUGAUGAUAAGCCCGGCAGGCUCUGGAGAGAAUCUAGGUCUUUUCAUGCUGAGAAAGGACAGCGAAAGGAGAGAUACGUUACAUAGAAUACUUACAGAGUAUAUCAGCAAUGUCAUACAAAACAUUGAGGAAACACUGCCUCAGGCGGAGGUGCCACGUAUCACCUCAGAUCAAAUUAGCCAACUGAUUAGCUGCCUGCAAGAAAACAUCCGCUCUCCAGACAAGAGGCACCUUACCAACAGCCUCCUGAAGUUGCGCUCCAACCUGUUGAACUCUGCUGUGCCCCUUAGCAGCCUGCAGGCAGUGCUAUUCAGCUUCCAGGAUGCAGUGAAAAAGGUUCUUCGGAAACAGCAGAUUAAACCUCAUUGGAUGUUUGCUUUGGACAACUUACUGAGACGGUCUGUACAAGACGGCAUCACCGUUCUGCUUCCAGAGCUCAGACUUCAACUGCAGUCAUCGUUUGAAAACGAGGAGAGUUCUUCAGAAACCGAGCCAUGCACAGAAGCCAAUUCCAAACAAAUGGUCACUCUCCUUGCAAAGGACAAAGAAGAUUCCGAUAUCACUCAAAAGUCUGAAGAGAGUGACAUGGAUGCCAAAUGCACCGACCUGCCAGGUGACCUCUCUAAUCACUCCACACUUGCAAAGGAGCUGUCAGAACUUCGCCUUGAGUCCAGGAGGUUGCUGAUUCAGCUGAAUGAGAAGGAAAAGGAAUUCCAGGAGCUUCUCAAGAACACCCUUCAGAUGAAACAAAGGCAAAUCAAUGCCCUGGAUGUCAGAUCUGCCUUUGCAGCUACAGAUAAUAAACCUUCAUACCAUAAUACUCAGAACAUGGCUAUGGUGCGCUGGUUGAGGGGUGUUCCAGUCGAUGAGAAAACCAUAGAAACACUGCUUUUCCAUGAGUUCAAUUUGGACAGCCUUAUACACCUCACAUGUAGGGAUGAUCUUCAGUACUGCGGCAUCAAAGGGGGGAUGCUGUGUCGCUUAUGGGCUGCCAUCUCCAAACAAAGGAAAUCUCAACUCUGUCCAGUCAAAGAGGACAGUGAGGAAACCAUACUAUAACAAACACAAUUAAAUCCCAAUGUUUCGUAAAUUUGAGCUCAGUGAGUUUGCAACAUAUAUAGUUUGUGCCUUUUUGUUCGGCACUGUUUUUUAAUGUCUAUGGAUGACUGACUAAGAUGAAAGGAAUGAAUUCCAUUAAAAAAAUAUAUAACCUAGAUAUAUCAAGAGAACACUCAGAUGUAAACUUUGGGAUAGAGAUUCAGUGUUUUUCUGUAUUUAAGAGCUUCUAAAAUGUGUGAAAUUUGUUAACAUUUAUCUGAAAAUCUUGUAUAUGAGUGGGGUUUUGUGUUGUUUAUAUAUAUUAAACUGAGGGUACAAAGAAGCUGUAUUUGUAUUUUUUCAGUGCCUUGUACAUUCUUAUUUUGAAUAUUAAACACUAUUAUAAAACAAUAGCAAAAAUAAAUUAUACAUGGUCAUUUAUCUCAGAAAU